AUGCAACAAAGAAAACUUGAUGAAAAGAGAAAUAAGAAUGUGGAACAGAAAGAGAAAAAGCUGGAAAGCUCCGUUGCUAACGAUCCAAGAGCAGUAAAUUAUGAAUUUCAUGAUGACUCUGAUUCAAAUACAGAACUCCAUAAAGUGAAAACUAAAGUGAAGAAUGAAGUAGGUAGUGAAAAAGUAAAACCAUGUAGUAUUAGUGUUGGUAAGGUUGAAGACUGCUGUAAAAUUAUUCAUCUAGAGAAGGCACCACUCGCACAAAAUCCAUUAAAAAUUGAAUGUCUUGUGAAAUUGAGAAGGGAUCCUUCCAUUGAAAACUUUUACAAAACAAAGACUGAUAGUGACAGUAAAGAUUCAGAUGAAUCAGAGUGUUCUGAUAGUGAAUCCACAACUGAUUAUAAAAGUCCAGAAGUUGAAAAUGAACACACAAAACAUUCAGAUUCUGCUGAAAGUAAAACUGUUACUAGGCAAAGUAGUUCCGAAGAAAGUCUGAUGAAAGCUGCAAAUAUGAUUUAUAAUGCGGAUAUUCAAAUCAGAAAAAGUGGGAGACUUAAGUCAGCAAAGUGUGCUUCACGAUACCGUGGAGAUUAUGGUAUAAGAGUAGAUACAUACAAACAGUUAGUGAAUAAAAAUGAGAAUACUUCAGGUAAAAGUGACAUUUUUGAAUCUGAUGGAAAAGAAAUGGGUACGAAGAGAGCUGACAUUGUUGACACUGAAACUGAGGAAACAGCAGUGAUUACCUCAGUAGACAACCAAAGUGAGAGGCUUUUGGACUCUGUGAAAGCACCUCAUUUGGAAAAAGAACAUAGUGAGUAUAAAGAAGAGAAAGCAGUUCUUUGUGAUGAUAAAGUAGACAUUCCAACUGAGACUUUUAAAACUGAAAGUUCAUCAGAAGAAUUCACUGUCUUAAAAGAACCUUUUGCUGAUCAUAGUGGUACAGAAGGUAUAUCUGGAACAAAACACUGCUCAAAAACUGAGCGUGUGAGUGAAAGAUGUAUAGAAGUAAAUAAUUGUGAAGACAGUAAAACCAAAAGUCAAACAGAAGGCAGAGAUCUAUUAAACUGUGAUACAGUAUAUCAUAAGAAGGUUGAAGUGCAAUUAUAUGACAAAGAGGUCAGUGAAGUAGAAACUGAGACUAGUGAAGUUGCUGAAAAUAAUUUGCCACAGUCAGAAUCUGGUGAAUGCAUACAAUUGUGUAAUGAUAGUGUUGAUAGCUGUGGCUGUAAAAGUGGGAAUGACAUUGUCAGAGUUAACAAUGAAUAUGAUAGUAGAGUGAGAGAAACUGAAUGUCCAGAAGUUUUAAACGAAGUGCCUUGUACAUACGUGAUAGAAGGUAAUCAGUCCUGUGCAUGUGAUAUUAGAUUGGAAAAUGAUCCAUUACAGACUGCUAGAAAUGCAAGUUGUGAACUAUCUGAUCAUGAAGUUAAAUCUGAAACUUACAAUUUAGUACCUGUUAGUUCAGAAACAGAGACAGACACUAAAACAAUAAAGGAAAUUCAUUCUCAGUUGACAAAGGAAAACGUAAAUGAAAUGCUUGUAUUACUACAAAGUACAGCAAAAAAUAAUGGCAACGAACACACUGCGUAUGUUCAUUCUGUAGGAAAGUCAGUAAAUAAAAUGCAAAAGAGGAUCAAAACAAAAAGGCCAGACCAUAAUAUAAGACCAGAAAAUAUAGAAAAUGAGAUAACACCAGAGUCUUCUCCUGUCAAAGAUCCUGCAAAAGUACUAGAAACUUUGCGACAGAAACUUUUUGAAAGUGCAGGAGCAGAUGUGGAAGAAGCUGACAAAGUUCCAAAACAGUUUGAAAGUAAAUUAAUAUCUUCAAAGCAAAGACAAAGUGAAGACAGUAAAUCCUCGGUUAUUCUUGAUCUACAAGAGAAGGAUAGACAAAUCAGGGAUAGUGAUUCUACUUCAGGAAGAUCAGGAAAAUCUACUCCUAGAUGUUCUACACCAAGACAAGAAUCAGGUAUGGAAAUUCUUGAAGAAGUUGCGUUGUCUUUAGAUGUUCUGCACCAGGCAAAGAGAAGAUUUGAAAAUUCUAGUAAAGUAGCACCUGCAAAAAGACAGCGAUUUGAGGAAAAAACUUUCUUACUCAGAUCUAUGAUUAAAAAAAUUGAUGAUGCAGAUGGAAACCCAACAUCACAGCAAGCUGUUGAGUUGGAAGAUGAAAAACCUGUGAAUGUAGGUAGGAUAGCAGAAAGAACUAGAUCUAGUCGUAGCAGUGCUGAGAGUAGUGCUAGUAAAUCUGAUGUGCAUAAAAUUAACAGAAAGAGAAAUGUUAAAACAAUUGAUUUGAAAGUUAAGAAGAGAGACAAUACACAAGAAAAACCCAUACAAAAAUCAAAACCAGUUAAGUGCUCAGCAUGUAGUCAUAUUUUUAAAACUAAAGACCUUUUAAGAAAACAUUUUCCUUGUAGAAUAAGACAGACUAGAACUUGGUCUCAGAAUAAGUUACGCCCCAACCGUGCUGUGAAAAGAAUUGAAAAUGGUUCCAAAAAGUUUGUAUGCAGAUUACCUAAAGCUGGCAGACCUGAACCAAGUAAACCAAGACCUCAACUUCUGACCUAUAGGAAAACAAAAUUUCGACGUGUUAAAGGAAAAAGGCGGAGAAAGUUAUAUCAGCUUAUACAAGAACUUAGACAAAGGAGAAUGCCUGUGAAAUGGCGUCAUCUUAGCAUUGUAUAUGAUGAUCUUUCAUUCAAAGAGCAAUGUUUGUACAAACUUGGGUUGAUUUGUGUUGGCAGUGCCUCAGAAGGCCUUGAAAGAUACACAGCUGAAGAGAUCACUGUAUUUGAACAACACAGAGCAAAGGAAAAAUGGCUGAUGGAAGAUGCGCAAACUUUUGAACAUUCCAUACCAGACACAUUAGAAUCAUUAACUGAUCUAAAUUUAAGUACAGAGUUAAGUACCGAUAAUCAGGAAUCUGACUUUUUUUCUCCAAAACAUGUGAUAACUUUCCCUCAGGAAAACAUUCGAAAUAGAAUCUGUGAUAUUGAUGAUACAACAAAGGAGGACAAAGGUGAAGGUGCUAUAAAUGAAAUAUCCACUGUCAAAAUUUAUGAAAAUGAUUUAAACAUUUCAGAAAAUAUAGAUUCUGUUCAGAAAACUGUAGCCCCCUGUUUUGCAUUCUAUCCUGGUCUUGAGGAAAAAGAAACCGAUACCGUUUAUGAAAAAACUGUAGACCUGCAAGAGUUACCUGAAAAAUUGAGUGCUAAUAUUAGUAUUCAAGAAUACCUUGAUUUUUUCAGAAGUUCAAAAGUUAACACAGAUAGUGAUGAUAAUAUUAGGUGUACAGAUGAUGCUAUGAUAAGUGUUGAAACUGGUCCAAGAUCUCAAAAUAUUGCUCAGUUAGAAACAUUUGCUGCUGUAGAAGAAGGCACUGAAUGUUUUGAGGAGACACUAGAAAUCUCACAAGAUUCUGGUAUAAUGAUCUCACUAAAAGGUAAUUUAAUUGAUAAUCCACUCAGGAGUGCAAAUGUUACUGAAAUUAAUGUCAAAACCACAGACCUCAAACAUGUUAAUGAAUCCAACAUAUAUGAACCUAAAAUCACAGACCUUGAACAUGCUCAUAAAUCAAAGAUGAAUGAAUCUUCAGAUAAUCCUUUAAGUGACAAACAUCUAGAUGUAAGCCAACAGGAGUUGAUGAGUGAAAGUCACCAACAAGAGGAAAAUAAAACAGGUUCUGAAAGUGUAGUAUUUUCUGUUCAAGAACUUGUAAGUGAUAAAGGUAGAUUGUCCUGUACACACAGUGAUACCGAAAGUAAAACAGAUCUUAAAUUAAGCAAAUGUUUUGAAAUAGUAAGCAGGGAUGUUCAGGAAGGACAGUCUCUGGAAUUGUGUACAGUUCCUGUAAUUGCAUCUGUUUUACCACCAUGUGCAGAGAAAGACAUUCAAAAACCAGUCCCAGAAUCAGAAAGUAGGUCUGCAACAACAUAUACUGAGAAAGACAUUCGAAAACCAGAGUCAGAAAAUAAGUCUGCUUUAAAGUAUCCAGUAAAAGACAAUCCAAAACAUAUGCUUGGGUUAGGUAAGCGACAGACAUGCUUAGGUAAACACGAAGACGGCACAAUUGAAAGAACAAGUAGUGGUGUUGAAAUUCGGGAACAGUUGAACAAGUUUUCACCAAGGAAGAAGUUUGCUGUAGCCCCAGAUAUAGAACUCUAUCACCAAACAGCCAUUAUUGAUGAUACAUUAUUGGCUGAUACUCCACUUGCAGUACAGCAUGAUAAAAAAUCUGAUAAAGACAGUCAAAUUAUUCCUCCUUCAAAUAAGAUAAAUGAAGAAACGUCUAAAGAAGAGGAAAUCAUAGAAACAGACUAUAUUUCAACUACAAAAUCAGACUCGAAUUUGGAUUCAGAACUUGUAUUUCAGGCAAGUGGCAUUUUGAAAGAUAUUCUUGGAGAUGUUGAACAGUCUGUUAAAGAUGGCAAAGAAGCACACUUGCCAGACGUUAAAAAAACUGCAACCAGUAUUAUAGAUGACAUUGCUAGUGUUGAGAAAAAUGCAGAUAUUUCAAAGGUUACAAAUGUGAAUUUAAACAUUUCACCAGUAAAGGGCAUUUUGAAAAAUGCAGGUCCACAGAGAGAAUAUGCUGGCUUAUCCCCGCUUAAGUCAAACACUGGACUGUCCGAUGGAAAAGUACAUGUAUGUGAAAAAGCACCUGGAAAAAAGAAAAUUGAUUUCAAAACUUACGCCAAGAGGAAAGGAAUGAUAAAAGAAAAAUAUGAAAAGGAAAAAGAGUGUAUUCAGUCAGAGGUUCAAAUAGAAGUUGAAGAUACCAAGACAAAAGAAAUAAGAAAUGAAAAAGAUGAAAAUGGUAAAGAGUGUUUGCGAUCUGAGUCUCAUCAUGAAAUCGAGGAUGGUCUCUUAGGUAGGUUGUUAGAUGCUGUCAAUGUGAUUGACAGUAUAAUAGAGGAGCACAGAUACCAAUCUGGACCUGAAGAAGAUGAUGAUUCUUUCAAUGCUAUAACUCCAGAGAUGGCAUUUGAAGCAGCCAUAUCAAAUAAGAGGGUUGAAAACUCAACCGUGGAUGCAGUUAGCAAACCUUAUGAUAUUGAAAGCGUAUUUCCUUAUUCAGAAAUAGAUAAAAUGAUAAAUGCUGAGAAAUUACACUUUACUGAAAUUCAAGAUUUGUCAGUAAACAAUGAAAAUGACAAUUGUAAACUUACAGAUACAGAGAGAAACCCAGUACAACCAUCCAUUGACAAAAGUGUUUUACAAGGUACUGAAAUAACUUGCAACAAAUCACCAAACGUUUCCCUAGUGAUGCCAUCAGAUUACAACAACACUGUUGAAAUGAACACGCAUUUAAGUUUAUGCUCUGGAAAUGAUGAAGACCUAGGGGAGGCUGAAGACAGUUCAGAAAUGGUUAAAGGGACACAAGUAUUGACUGAAAAGGUAAGUCCUGUAAACCUUGAAAAGCAUACAUGUAUGCAGCAGAUGGCAGCAGAAAAAUUUGAAAUAUUAGAAUCAAAAAGUGUUGAAAUUAGAAUAGGGAACACGGAUGAAAAGGUGAGCCAUGACUCUAUAGGGGACAGGUUUGAGGAAAUAGAUGAAGAAGAAAGUGAAACACAUUUGAGUGAAAACACUCUAGACCCAGAAGUGACAGGAAGUAUAAAUGCUGGCCAGCCUUCAUUGGAAAAAAUAAAUACCCAUUUAAAACCUCCUGUAAAUGAACAUGUGUUCCUAGAAAAUGUUGAAUUUGAAAUGAGAAGUAAAAAUGACUAUAUAAAUGAAAUACCUAAUAUAAAAGAUACAUAUUCAGAGGAUCAUACACAGGAAGAUAUAUCCAGAGAAGAAAAAGAUGAAAAUGAUGAUGAACUUAUGAAAUCACCAGAACAUAUUCCAAAGAAAAGAAUGAGAAGACCAGAUGAUCCUACUUCAAUAAAAGAAAGCAAGAGAGAUUUUACUAUAAAAUAUGAAGUUAAUGGUAUUGUAAUAAAAGAAAAUUUGUUAACGGGGGACAAGAAUGUUGUAGAAAAUAGCUCUCCAUUUAGAAGCUCUGCAGAGUCAGAUAGUAAUUUUGAUCAGUCAUCUGUGUCAGAAUUUGAUGUUUCAUCAGUUGUUGAAAAUGACAUCAGUUUUAGCAGUAAUAUAGCUUUUGAAGAAACUGAUACUGAUGAAAAUUCCAGUAAUAUUGCAGGGAAGAUUGACAGUCAUUUAAUGUUGGACAGUAAUGUUGAAGAUGAUACUGAAAAGAAAAGAGAUACUGAAGACAGCUACAUACGGUCUUCUGAAGAAGUUGUAACAGUAGUCAAACAAGGAAAGGAAAUACAUGAUAAUGACACAAACCAUGUCCUGGAAGAGCCAAUGUCAAAUUCAUCUCUUGAAAUCAGCCAGGAAUUAGACCUAGAAAAUCAGAGUGAAAUAGUAACGAAAGAUGCUGAACUAAAUAUUGAUAUACAAGAGACAGAAAAGGAUACUAACUUUAUCGAGGAAAAUUGUAUAGAUACAGGUGCAGAAGGAAGAAGUCUUAACAUCUGUGAUAACUAUGAUGAAGAAAUGUCCCCAGAAAAUGUACCUUGUUUGGAAAUGGAACCUUUGCUUAGGGCUGAUGUACAAUUACUGAGGAAGGUUUCUGAUGACCAUUCUGUUGGGUCUCCUCCAGUUUUAGAGAAAGUAGAAGUGUCUGACAGUAGCAUGGAUGAACAAGACAAAGAAAAUACCAGUCAGGAAACAACACUUACAGCUGAUGGAGGACCACCUCUAUUAGAACCUCAGCUAUUGGAAGAAAGCAAGGAGGAACAUGCAAAACAGACUAAGCAUGAAGCAGCACACCCUGGUAGACAAGAAAGACAUUUUCUGGACAUUCUUGGUACGGUGAACGAUGAAGGGCAUGAGUCAGCGAUUUUUCCUGACUUCCAAAACCAAACUAAAAGUCAUGAUGAUAAAGGUUCGAAGAGAUCAGAAAAAUCUCUACUGGAAGGUCUUUACAGUGAAGAAUCGACACUCAGUGAUUCAAUUGGAAGGCAUUUUUCAGAUGUGGUGAGUGAAACUGUAGAAGCACCUAAGACACCAAAGUCAAAGUUGCAGUUCCUGUUUGAUAAAAGUGAGACAGGAGACGUAACUUUGGCACAGAUUAAAGACGUUUUAUCACCAUUUUCAAAGAAAGGUAAAAAGAAGUCAAUUCCUAAAGAAUCUCUUUUGAAAAUAAAGUCUGGUAUAGCAGAUCUUCUGUUACAUGUGAAAAAGCCAGAGAGAAAAGAUCCAACAUGGUUAAAAAGAGAUUCACUCUCCAGUUAUUCAAGAAGGAAGAAUAUAAAGAAGUCGAGUUAUAAAGAUGAAAAAAUGAAUGAUCUAGAAAGCUCAUCUGAUGAAAGCAUAACUGCUCCAGAUGAAAUUGUUUAUAUCUCUAGUGAUAGUUCAGAGGACUUUGAUACUGGAAACAGAAACCCUUCAAAAGGCUCUGUUGCAGAUACUAUUAUGCAAAUGCUUGAUUCACUGGAGGAUAAAGGAAGUGUUGCAGACAACAUGUCUAAUUUGUUAGGUAUUCUAGCUGAAAAUCUUGGAUUUCUUGGUGAAGGAAAAGCAGGUGAACAAACAGAAGAUUUAAGUUCUGACUCGGACUAUAGUUAUAAUGAAGAAAUAAGUCUGACUAAAAGUAGUUCAACAGAAAAUUCACAGAAGGAAUUAAUUGCAGAUUAUCUGGAAGAAGGGGAGCAGCCACCUUCUCUGGAUGACAUACCAGUAGCAAGUACCUUUGAGUUAAAUUGGAUUAAAGAUGAUACAGAGACCAUAAAAGAUGAUAAGGAAAGGCUCAUUGAAACUAAGGAAGAAAUGUUUGAACCAGCUCGUCAGUUUAGUGGCAAAAUUGCUGUAACCAGUUUAAAUUCCCUGGCUGAGAAAAGUGGACAAACACAUUUGGAAGGUGUAGUGGAAUUCCAUACAGAAUCUGUUGAUACGGGAGAAAUGUUUUCAAAGAAUACAAAGAUUCCAGUCAUUGGUUCUGUAUUCGAAAACAGUAAACAUGGAAGGGAACCAGUUUUGAACAAUACGAAAAGCAUGAGUCUGAAUUUAGAGAAUUCGGAGGAAAACAGUGCUGUGGCAACUGAACAUUCAAAAGAUGACAAAUGUAAAGCUACGACUAUAUUUAAAAGCAUUACUGAGUUAAACUCAAUAGAAACAGACGAGGAGUCGAAUACUGAUGAAUCAUUUGAUGCAGUUUCAAUGUCAGUCAGGCUGUCAGAAUUAAAAGACACUAAUACAUGGGAAUUUAACUCUGAUUAUAAUUCUGACCAGGAACAAUCAGAUGACUUUGAUUCAGAUUUUGCAAAUGACUUUGAGCCACAAACAGAGCAUGCUGUGAGUGAAGAAGAUGCUACUGCACCCUCAGCAAUCAAAAAUGACAAUUCAAAAGAUGCAGCUGAAAGAGAAUCACCUGAAGUGACAAAUCCUCGAUACGUUGAUGAUAUUGAAAACAAAGAUGGCAAAACAUUUAAAUGUAAAAAUUUUAAACCAGGUGAAUUGUUUCCAUUGAAAUUAUUUCCUAAGGAAUCCAGUAACCCAGUUUUCAGUGAGCUUGAUGAAAAGGCAAAUUAUAUUGAAGAUGCAGGAAAAGAGUUUACAAGUAAGGAAUAUGCCACAAAGUUGAAUUCUAGUCAGGUUGAACAUAGAAAUGAAACUGAAGUUUCUCGGCCAUCACCCAUAGUUGAUAACACUGACAGGGAACAUGUGUCUGAAAUCAACCUGUUGUCUGGUUUUGACAAAAGGUCAACUAAAAGUGUACCUGAUAAAUCAUUACUGCCUUCAUCCGAUAGCUGUAUUGCAAAUAACAGUACUGAAAAAAAAUAUAAAAGUUUUGUGAAAAAAAUUGAAGAGGCGGCAGCAAUUUUUAGUCCCCAUGCAGAUGCAAAAGAAGAUAUAUUUAAUGAUGGCCAUCAAAGUGAAGGACAUGAAGUAAAUGAUAGUCAUUCAUUAAAAGAUGUUAACUAUCAUGACUCGGAUUUUAACGAUGAAAAUAUUUUGGGUGUCAGUGAAAAGUUAAACAGUGACAGCAGGCAUACUGAUUCAGUAGCAACUCUUUGUGAAGUGAAAGAUUCGGGUGAUAUUUAUGAAUCUACAGAAGUGGCAGGAAAUCACAGAAAACAGUUACUGAGAUUUUCAGAUGAAGAAACAGAAUUUACAGGUCAGACGAGCAGUCUAAAGACUACUGAAAAAAUUGGUGACCUGGAGUUAAUUUCUGAAGUAAAUGAUUUGCCUGCACAGCGGCAUAAGCCAAAAACAGUAAAAGAAACUGAAAGUAGACUCGAAAGUUUGCAUAAUGAUAAAAACAUGAAAGACAGCAACAGAAUUAUCAGUACUUCCGUGACUGAUAGUUUUAAUGAUUCACAGAUAUUAACAGAUGAUGAGGAUACAAAUGAAACAGUGACAUAUGAUGAGCAAGAGGAAGCUAAAACAGAUAUUUUGGGUUUAAUAGGCAAUGUUAGUGAUACAAACUUGGGCAUAGAUAAAGCAGAUGACAGUAUGCUGGUCAGUGAUGGCCUGACAAGCUCUUCCCUGUUAGAAAACACAAACAGCCAGGAAAUCAGUCUGUGGAAAGAAGCAGAUAAAAUAGACGAUGAAAAUAUUCCAUUUGACAAGGACAAGGGCAAAACCUCUUUUAAAAUACAAGAAAAUAAAUCUGAGGGAAGCAGACAAGAAACACAAUUUAAAGGAAGUGAUACAUGUAGCAGUCCACAAAUUGAAAAUACACAGAAAACGGUCUUUGAAGAAGAUGAACAACUUACCAAAAAGAGAUCAAUUUCCUUUAACAUUGAUGAUGCAGAUUUUUCAGACAAUUUCUGUGAAUCUAUUGCAGAAAAAGUGAAAAGAAAGCAAAGAGAAAGGAGUCAUUCAGUUUGUUACAGUUUUAAUCCAUGGUUGUACUACAGUGCUGCCUAUGUUAGAGAAGUAACAAAACCAGCAAAGAAAGAAAUCAGUGUGUUUAGAAGUUCAAUCUUAGAGAAAAGAGCUAGAGAAAAAAGUUUUUCACCUGAGAAAGAUGUUGGCUGCUCAUCCAGGAAAAAAAGAAAUAGUUCAGUACCAAAGGAAGCCAAAUUCGGAACAAAUAAUGAAAACACUUACACAGAUUACAGAAGGUGCUCCCCAGAACCAAAACCUGUUAUUCAGUUGAAACCCUGUUCAGUUGCAAUACCAAAAUUGACAGAUGACAUUAUCCGUAAAUAUACAAACAGGAAAAGAAAACCUGAGGAAGAUAAUUCUGAAAAUAGACCACCAAUAAAAGUCACAAUAAAGUUAAGUCAGAUUGUGUAUCCUCCCAAUUCACCAUAUGGUUCUACUUCAACAUCUUCUGACAACUAUAGGUCAGGUUAUGAAAGUUGCAGUGAAGAAUCAGAAACUGAUACAAAAGAACCAGAUAAAGAAAAUGAAUUUGAAAUUGAAAAGCAAGAAGAAAUUAUGCCAAAGCAUUGUUAUGCUCAAGAUUUAAAUUAUACCUCUUUGAGUGAUGAAAGAAGUUUGAAAACUGAAGUUAGCAGUAGAGAACCAUUGAAGAUCAAAAUGCGUACUUUACUGACAAAAAUGAGCAGCUGUGAGGAGGGUCAGGAUGCUCCAAACUCUAUUCCAGAAUUUGAUCCAGUCGGGCAGUUUUCAGGAAGUUUUAAUGAAUCAUCGAAUGAAACCAAUGUAGAAGUUAGCACUGGAGAACUUAUUGAAUCUGAAGUGCUUCAUGAUAUUAAACGCGAAUGUGAAAAAGUGAAAUCAAGAGAAAAGGAUAUAAUAUUUUAUUUAAGUGAAUCUGAUGAUGACAGUGAACCGGAUACAUCAAGAAAAGACAGACAACAAUUAUUAAAAGCAGUAGUAGAAAAGCAUGAUAAUUUGAGAACUGAAGCAUUAUCAAUAAGUUCUGUUCAAGCUGAGUGUGGAGAAUCUGAUGUUGAUUUAAGUGAUUCCGAUACUGAUGCAGAAAUACAGGAAGAAAUUGAUAAAAUUCUCAAUUCAAAAAGUAGCAGAGAUUUCUCUGCAGCCUUAAAUCAGGAUGAGGACAUAGAUACUAGUCAAACCAAAAUGAAAAAAGGAAGAAAUUCCCUUAUGAAAAUGAUAGUAAGUGAUUUGAGACUUAGUGAAAGUGAAUCAGAUUCUGAGAUUGAAUAUAAUAAGAAAACAGAAGACACUUUACCUGAAGAAAAUGAUUGUAAAAAUGUAAAUUUAAAGGCUAAUGAAUGUACAGAUGAAAACUCAAAUGAUAACAGUAAAAUAAAGUGGCAGAAAAUAAGGGAUGUUACUCAUUUGUGUGUCACUGAAAAUAGAGUUGACAGCAAGAUUUUUGAAAAAGGCAGUAUCCAAGUAACUGAAAAUAAUGUUCAGGAGUCAAUAUAUACAGCUUCACCUAGAGAUGAUAGUGGCACUUUAAUUCAAGAGAAAGUUUACAGUACAGAUCAAGAGUUUUUAAGACCAGGACUAAAUGAUGAUUUUAUUGAUAAAGAACAUAUUGUUUUGCCAAAUGUUGCAGAAAAUGUAAUAGAACCAUUAGAUUUGUCGAUGUCUUCAAAGCAGAAUGUAAAAUCAUCAUCUUUAUUUAAAAAAGAUAACAACAAAUUGCGAAGAGAAGAAAUGAGAGGAAGUUCAAAUGAUAUAGUGGAAAAGAAAUUUCCUGAUGAAAACCUACUAAUGGUGUCUUCAGAAUUUCAAGAAAUAGAAACAAACCAAUAUUCAGACAGAAGAAGUUUUAAUGAUAAUGCAGUGACAUCUUCUAGUACAUUAAAGCAAGAGAUGACUGGUAAUGAUUUAGAAUGUUCCCAAUUAACUGAAAAUAGUGGUAUUGAAAAUUAUGAAUUAAGUACUGUGGUGCCAAAUAAACCUAUGGAAAAUGACAAUGAUUCAAAACAAUUACACAAUCUGGAUAAUGAGAUUUUGUUACCAGGUCAUGGUAAAGAAGUUGAGAUGGCUGAUGAGCAAAAAAGUUUAAAAUAUGAAGUUAAUGCAGGUAAUCAAGCUUCAUCAGAUAAUGUGUCAUAUUUUGAGGCUGAAAGGCAAGAAAAAGGUAUGAAAGAUUUGAACUUAACUUAUGAUGGAUCUGCUAAGACAGAGGCAGAGAAUUAUGCUAAUAGUCCUGAAGAUGUUUCUGAAAAUACUGUGAUGUCUGAAGAAGAAACUAAAGAAAUGGAAAAUGUCAGUGCUGUGAAAAACCUUGAAGAGGAUGUAUUUCAUGAUGUCCAGCCAAUACAGGAUAGCACAGAGGAUGGUAUGGUUUACUAUGCAGUAGAACUUUCAGAUGAUUUGGAAACAAAUGAAGCAGUUGUUAAUUUAGAAACUGUUGAACUUAUUGAAGGACCAAUAAUAAUUGAAAAUAAUGUUACUCAUGAGCAAAACAUUCUUGAUACCAACAUCAUACAAAGCCAUGUGAACGAUCAGAUGGGAUUAAGUAAUGAAACCUUGAAUGAACAGAUUGUUGAAACAUUAAAUGAAGCUAAGCCUUCUUCAGAAUUAAGGAUUGAUAGUGCAUUACAAAGCAUGACACAAAUGGAAAACCCAGUUUUUUAUCCAACUGUAAAUGAUGUUAAAAGUAAAUAUCUGUAUGGAAUCAAUGAAGACUCGCAAAGUUCCAAUGAAGUUGUUGAAGAGUUGGUAACUGAAAUUGUUAAUGACAAUACUGUUUUAGAACAAGUAACAAUUGAAACCCGGCAGAUAUUUUCUGAAGUUUCAUCAAUUGAAAAUCCAAUUAAUGGAGAAAAAUUCACAAAUACUAAUCCAGUUCAUGCACAAUAUAUUUCUGAAAGUUCAGUUGAAGGAGAUGUUAUUCCAGUAAAUCUUGUAAGUUCCCAUGUAAUUUGUGAAAGUUCAGGUAACACAGAAAAGUUUCCUGAUGUUCAGGAAGCAACAAGUGAAAAAGAUAAAGUCAGUAAAAUAACUGAUCAGACUGAAAUGAAGAUGGAUACUUCUGAAAGUAUAGACAGUGAAAUGAGAGGUGCAAAUGACUCUCUUAAUAUUGAAUGUACUUCUUACCCAGAGUGUGAUAAAUGGACAGACAUAGACAAGAAAAGAAUGCCUUUAAACAUAUCAGAAAGUAAUGUGGAUACCAGGGAAAUGUGUUCGCAACACGAUAGCUUUAUCCCAUUUAAAGCAGACAAUUUAUCUCAUGGAUAUGAUUUAAUAGGUAAUGCGACAGUUGUGAAAGAAUCUAGUAAUGUAGAUAGAAACAGAAUGUGUGCUGAGUCUAGUGAUAUUAAUGAAAGUAGACUCUCUGUUGAUAGUGGUGUGAAUAGUUUUGUUCAGGGAUAUGAUAACUGUGCGAUGAUAAUAGAACACAGUGAUGUUAAUGAUUACAUUAUUACACAGAAUGAAAACUUCGAAGAUGAUGAAGAUGAUGAUGCAAUGGACUUUGUUUAAAUUAUGUCCCUUUUCAUGCACAGGUGAAAUAAGAUUACCCAAAAUUUAGUGAAGCUCAGCUUACUUAGUUUUCUUCAAGAUAGCAACAAUUUAUAAACUAUUGAUGAAAUAGAAAUUUAUGGUUAAUAUCAGUUGAAGUUGUCUUAAAAAAAGUUAUUUAGAUUAGACUCUGCAGUCUUUUUAGAAAUAUUGUUAGUUCAAGACUUUAAAUGUGUUUCAGUAGUUUACUUUAUAACAUUAAAGCCGUAUAAAUGAUGGUAUUGAAUAGGAAGACUUAAUUUACACAAUUUUUUAUAUGCCCAUUAUUAUAUUGUUGUUAAUAUUUUAAAGCAUAUACAAUGAAUAAAAAUGUAGUAAAAUUUGCAAGUGGACUGGGAUAUGCCAACGUCAGUAAAUGACCCAUUCUUUGAAAAAUGUAAAAAAAAAAUGUCUAAAUAUUUCAAGAAAAUAUUUGAUUGUAUCAGCAUACCAUUGGGAUGGUAUUUUACUGUUUGAACAUAACUUUGGAUGUACUGGUGUUGUAGAGGUAACUUUUGGUUGCAACAUCAAAAAUGGAAAGUUCUUUGGCCAUACUAUAUUGCACCCCUGAACUUCAGAUUUUACAUUUUUCAUUUGUGGCUAUUCCACAUGUUAGAAUAUUAUAUUUGAUGUAUCUUGAUUCCUUGGUGAUAGAUAUUUCAGUCUUAUGCUAAAAGAAAAAGAUACCCUGUAUGGAAUUUGUUUUUGAAAAUGUUUUUCUUACAUGGUUUAAUGUAAUGAUUUUUCGCAAAUUGUUCCAGUAGAUGGUAUAUCUAAAUCAAAGAAGAUAGCCCACUUUGAUGCACAUUGUAUAUGAAUAAUAUUUGUGUUUCUCAAGAAAUGAUAUUUUCAGGUAUGUAAUAGAAAAAAAAUGUAUACAAGUUUUAUGUAUUUGUCAAAAAAGGAUUAUAAUUACUUUCAUGCGAUAUUGCUCAAUUUGCAAAACUGGUAAUAUAGGUUAAUAUUAGUAUGAAUUUUUUAUUUUAGCUAUAGAAUUUCCCUUUUGCUGUAGCAGAAAUACGUAGUGUUUAGCUCAAACACUGUUUACAUAAAGAUGUAGUGUUUGACUCAAACACAGUUUACAGAAUGAUGUAGUGUUUAGCUCAAGCACUGUUUACAUAAUGAUGUAGUGUUUGACUCAAAGCACUGUUUACAGAAUGAUGUAGUGUUUGGCUCAAAGAAUGUUUAUAAUGUAUUUUGAAAGUAUUAAAUUUUAACAGUGUUUCAGGAAUAAGACUUUUUGCAAAGAAUUAUCUGCCCAUUAUGGCAUUCGUAUUUUGUGUGACAUGCCUUAAAGGGACACGAAUUCAGGUUCAUAUGAAAUAUCUUGAAAUUUUAUAAAUUAAUUGACGCUUUAUUCCAACAUUGCUUAAUUUGUUUGUCAUUUAAACAAGUGUUGUUAAUUUUCCUCGAUAAACAGUGGUGUAUGCACAGGCUGGUGAAAGAAUAUCGUGAAGUCAAAUUGCAACGUCUGGUAUCCAUCAGCAUAAAUUUCAUUAUUAUAUUGCGGUGAGCAUGUAGGAAUGAAAAUAAAAGCGGCUUUUCCUUGUGGUUAAUUGUCUCAAUUACUACGGUUCAUUAUUCUGAUGAAUUGGGUAUUUGCUCACUCAGGCUAAUGGGAAUGGAAAAGGUUCAACUCCUGUUUGUCUGAACUCCGAACCAUGGUAAAUCAGACAUUAAACCAUGGAAAAGUCUUAACUAUUGACUUUUGAUAUUAAUACAGAUUAUUGUCUGUUUUAAAAUGUUUGACGUUUAUUUUUAUUUGGAGGCAUGCGCCUUGAAUAGGUUGGAGAAAACGCCCAAUUGCUGCAGGAUAUAGCUUCAAUAUUGAGUCAAAUGGUGUGCCUAUGUAAUUAUAUGUUAAGUAGUACACUUUGGCUAUAGACAGAAUCUGUUUCUGGACCACGGUUACAAUUUCUGUUCAUUCAUUUUUAGCUUCACUAUUCGGAGAACAGGGGGGCUAUUCUACUCGCGUCAGCGUCUGCGUGACCCUUCUUGGUGAAAGUUUUUUGGCAACCUUUGUUUUUCUGUCAUAUCUUUGUUACUAUUGCUUAUAUCUUACUGUAACUUCACAUAAACAUUGUCCAGUAUACAAACAAUAUAUGUGUAGGGGCUGAGCCCAUUAUACCCAAGGUCAAGGUCACCAAGCUGUUAUACUUAGGUUAUUUUUAAGGUUAAAGUUUUUCGGCAACCUUUGUUUUUCUGUCAUAUCUUUGUUACUGUUGCUUAUAUCUUACUGUAACUUUACAUAAACAUUGUCCAGCAUACAAACAAAGUAUGUACAGGGGCUGGGCCCAUUUUAUCCAAGGUCAAGGUCACCAAGGUGUUAUACUUAGGUUAUUUUUAAGGUUAAAGUUUUUCGGCAACCUUUGUUUUUCUGUCAUAUCUUUGUUACUAUUGCUUAUGUCUUUCUGUAAGUUCACAUAAACAUUGUCCAGCAUACAAAGAAAGUAUGUGCAGGGGCUGGGCCCAUUAUACCAAAGGUCAAGGUCACAAAGUUGUUAUACUUGGAAUUAUUUUCAUAUUAAAUUUUUUCGAAAGCUUCGUUUAUAGACAUAUCUUUGGUACUUUAAAAGAUAAUGGCUUGAAAUUAAAAAUAUUUCUUUAUAAUCAUCAUCUGCAUAUGUGGCUACAAACCCCAUAACUGUAAUUGUAGUUUUGACAGAAUAAUGCCCCUUUUGUACUUAAACUUUUUUUGCAGUCUUCGCUUUCUUGAUAUUACUUUAAUGCAAUAUAAGAUAAAGACUUGAAACUUAAAAUGUAUCUUUAUCAUCAUCAUCUGUAUGUGUGGUAACAAUCCCCAUAACUCCGAUUUGUAUUUUUGACCAAAUUAUGCCCCUUUUAUACUUAAAUUUUUUAACAAACUUCAUUUUCUGGACAUAACUUUGGUACUAUAUAAGAUAAUGACUUGAAACUCAAAAUAUAUCUUUACCGUCAUCAUCUGCAUAUGUUGUAACAAUCCCAAUAACUCUAAUUUGUGUUCUUGACAGAAUUAUGCCCCUUGGUGUAUCUUCCUUUUAAAGUAUUGAGACAUAUAUUCACUUUACUGUCAAAUCCCUGAAUAGUGGAGCGCGCUGUUUUAUGGACAGCUCUUGUUAUAUCUUUUAAGAAUUAAUUUACUUUUUUUCCCACCGAAGGUCACCACUUUACUGAUUGGAAAUAUAAAUGUUAGCUAUUUUUAAGAAGCUUGUAUGGCUGUUUUGAAGUAAGAUGUAAUCUUUUGCAGACAUGUUUUUCUUUCAUGCAAAAUAUGUCUGGCAAUGAAAAUAUUGCAGACAGUUUCUAUUCAUAAAUUAUUCAUAUAAUAAUUAUUUUGUUAUAUUAAUCGACACGAUUACAAUUAUGAUUUAUAUAUCUAAUUGCUGUAUGUCUGUAUAGGCCUUCAUAGAAUAUGCAAGACAAAUAAGAUUUUAGUUUGAAAACCAGUCUACUUAACUAUUAACUUCUGAUUGGUUGAUUUUGAGCUCAGUCUUGAAAUUGACCAAUGGCAGUGUUAUAUUCCCAGACUGGUCUCCAAACUCUAUUUUAUUAUCUUUCAACUAGAAGAGUAAUUUAAUAUUUGUACGAGUAUGUAACCAGACUAUAGCUGUUUACAUAAUGUAUUUUAAAAACGUGUGUAAAAUCAUUGCAUUCAGUUAAAAUAUUUUAACAUUUGUGUAGUAAGCCUUGAUAAAUUGGUUUCUUCUUUGGUUGAAUGCUCGGCAGUAAGAAAUUGGGCAAGUUGUAACUAUGCUUGCAGCUUUACAUUUGUAUGACAAAUUAGAAUUUAUGAAAAAUCAGAUUGAAAUAGCUUUAGGAAAAUCUGGCCAUUUUGCUUCGAUGCAGAACAUCAAUUUUUUAAGUACCAAGUACAAAAUUUUUGAUAUUUUUUCUGUAGAAAUUAAAUAGUUAGAUUUUGUAUUUUACCAGUUCGUCCGUAUGCCUAGUUUGAAUUAGUAUUAUUGAUGAACAGUGUUUUCAUAUUUUUAUACCUAGCACAAUGUGUGAAGAUAGAAUUUUCAUUGUACUGUGUUGAUUGAAAUUGAUGAAUACUGUGCUGAAUUAGGUCAUUAAAAGUAGAAUUUCUUUAAGUAGGUAUCCUGUUACUAAUCAGGUUAGAUUAAAAAGCAAAAAUGAAUUAUAUUUGAUAAAUGUUGUGAAAUAAUAUUUUUACCAUAAGUUAUUUGCGAUCAAGUGCUGUUUUGUAAAAUUGUUUCUGUGGAAUAUCUACUUAUUAGUCCCCUACUGGUUGAAAACCAGUUUCGGGGACUAUAGGAAUGCGCUUUUCCGUCAUUCCGUCCGUCCGCAAUUUCGUGUCCGGUCCAUAACUCUGUCAUCCAUGAAGGGAUUUUAAUAUUACUUGGCACAAAUGUUCCCCAUGAUGAGACGACGUGUCAUGCGCAAAACCCGGACCCCUAGCUCAAAGGUCAAGGUCACAAUAGGAGGUCAAAGGUCAACAGGGCUUUUUUCCUGUCCGGUCCACAGCUCUCCCAUCCUUGAAGGGAUUUUAGUAUUACUUGGCACAAAUGUUCCCCAUGAUAAGAUGAUGUGUCAUACGCAAAUCCCGGACCCCUAGCUCAAAGGUCAAGGUCACAAUUGGGGGUCAAAGGUCAACAGAGUUUUUUUCCUGUCCCGUCCAUAACUCUGCCAUCCAUGAAUGGAUUUUAAUAUUACUUGGCACAAAUGUUUCCCAUGAUGAGACGACUUGUCAUGCGCAACACCCAGUACCCUAGCUUAAAGGUCAAGGUCACACUUUGAGAUCAAUAUUCAAGAGGAUUUUUUUCCUGUCCGGUCUAUAACUUUGUCAUGCAAAGCAGGAUUUAGAUAUCAGUUGGCACAAAUAUUCCCCUGGAUGAGACAACAUGUCAUGCGCCAGAACCAGGUCCCUAGGUCUAAGGCCAAGGUCAUAUUUAGAGGUCAAAGGUCAAAUUCAAGAAUGACUUUGUACGGAACAUUUCUUCUUCAUGCAUGGAGGGAUUUUGAUGUAACUUGGACCAAAUGUUCACCACCAUGAGGCACCCUUGUUUUUAGAAUUACGUCCCUUUGUUAAUAGAUUUUAUUGUAACUUUUUUAUUACUGGCGGUAGAGAAAAAUCGAGACCACUUUUCUGUGGUACAGCAUGCAUGUUACAUCCAAUUUUUAGGUGUAUUUUGACCUAUCUCUACCCGGUAAAGAGUUUCUUGUGGACUUAUAUUAAAAAUUAGGUGCCUUCCAGUAGGGGACUUUGUAUUGCAUGGCAAUACUUCAUUCACUUGUUUAGUUCUGUGAAGCAAGUCAGAAAAGAGAGUAAGUGAUUUUAUUGAUAAAACAAGAAAUAUGUCUAGUCCAUUUAGUGUGAUAUGUACUUUUGUAUAUUUUAAAGUUUCUUUCUUGACUGUACAUCCGAGGCAGUAAAGAAUGUAAUCAAAUAUCAAAUAGUUUUAAGGGUAUACUUGACCGAAAUUACAUUUUCUGAAAUAUGGACAUUUACUACAUAAAGUUUUUAUACGUAAAUAUGAAAUUAACAAUGUUAUGUUUGUAACAGUACAGUGCAUUAGGUUCGAACCUGUGAUGCAUGUUUAGUAUAAAUGUGUACUGCUACAAAAAAAACAGAAGUUUUUUUAACAAAGAACAGUUACUGUUAUUACAUGAUAUUAAGUUAUGAAGUAGCCAUACAUAAACCAUUAUUUCAUAUAUUUGAGCCGCACCAUGAGAAAACCAACAUAGUGCAUUUGCGACCAGCAUGGAUCCAGACCAGUCUGCGCAUCCGCGCAGUCUGGUCAGGAUCCAUACUGUUCGCUUUCAAACCUUAUUGCAAUUAGAGAAACCGUUAGCGAACUGUAUCUAUCCUGAUCAGACUGCUGGUUGCAAAUGCACUAUGUUGGUUUUCUCCUGGUGCGGCAUUAUUUAGUAAAGUUAAAUCAUUGGAUGAUGAUUUUCUUUAUUCGGUUUAACUAUUUAAAGAUAAAUUAUUGUAAUGAAAGAGAGGCAUUAGAUACCUUUAAUGAAAUUUUGCUGAUGAAUUGUUACAACAAAGUAAGUUCAGAUACAGAGCAAGCUGGUAAUGAUCAUUAGUUUCAAGUACAAAAAGAAGUGGGUGAAAAGUUUUGAAAUUUUUAUUUGACACUAUUAACCGCAAUUUCCUCCUCCCCCUUCCCACCUUCACUGACACACCCCUUGUAAGAGUAAAGAUAUAUUGUUUUGCUAAUAUCUGUCAGUAGACAAAUCAACUGAAGAAUUGAUGGUGUACAACGGUUAGGAUAGUUACCUUGCCCAGGUCAAGUUCACAGUUAGCUCCAAGCUGAAAACGGGCUAUGAUCAGUAACAGUCUCUGAAGUUUCAUAGGGUGAUUGCCUGUUGUCAAGUACAUAACCCCUAUUAUUUUGGGGGUCAGUAGGUCAUAGGUCAACAUCACAGUUACCUUGAGAUUAAAAUGGUUUCUUAUAUAAUUAGUUUGAGAAAAGUUGAGUCUGCUUCCAUUAACCCUUACCAUGCUGGGCAUGAUUGAUUCUGCCUUUGCGACCAGUGUAGAUCAUGAUCAGCCUGCACAUCCAUGCAGUCUGAUCAUGAUCUGCACUGUUUGCCAUUCAGUCAGUAUUUUUUGGUAAGCUGACCUAUAAACAGUUAAUGGUACUGUUCAAAUUGAAAGAUGGACAAGUUCAUUAUAGAAAUUUAGCAGGGUACGGGUUAAUGGUCAUAGCUCUGACAGUCGUCAUUUGUCUCCAACAGGUCAUCAGGAGAACAUACCUGUUUAAAAUGUUUACAUAAAGUUCUUUUUAAAUUUUUUUUAUAUCUGUGGAUUGUUUGCAUUUGCAAAUAGCAACAUUAUAUUGAUGCUAGGGGCAAUUUUCUUUGAUUCAUAUAAAGCACUUGUCUGUUUGAAUUUAUAAUGUGCUACACACCUGUCAAGCUUACAGUACUGGAGUUUGAAUAGUCUGUCUAGAGAGUUUUAAUGCUGUUAUUUUACUGCAGUGUGCUGUUUUUGAAAAUAUAUUCAUAACAUAGUUAUGCAAGUGCGCUCUUGUUUUUAAUGAUACAUGAAACAACCAUGUUUUUUUGUGCUUUUUUUUUUUCAUUGUAAAAAGUCAUUUCAUAUGUAAAUAUAUUUAUUCUGGCUUUUUUCACUUGUUCGUGUUAAAAUCUGUUUGAAUUGUACAUGAAGUUUUCAUUGAAUCACAGAGCCUAUUAUGGAUGAAAAGGUUGUUUUAUUUUUCUUGUUUUUUCUUUGAUAAUAUAUAGUUUCUAUCAAAUUUGAUUUUGUUGAAUAUUGUAUAUUUUGUCUGGUCGAUGGUUUUGAGUAUCUUAAAUCCAAAUUGAUUUAUAUGAAAAUGACUUAUACCAAGUUUCAUUAUGCAGUAUGAUAAAUAAAAAUGGAUGCGAUA